UUUUACAGAAACAAAGAAAAUUCAUCAGCUUUAGAAUCAAAUCAAACAGAAGGUAAAACUAAACUGAAAAAGAGGAAGAUAGCUGAAACAUCUAAUGUUAUCACAGAAUCGCUGCCAUCUGCAGAAUCAGAGCCUGUUGAAAUUGAAGUUGAGAUUGCUGAGGGAACAAUUGAAGUGGAAGAAGACAGCAUUGAGACACUUGAGGAAGUAGCUUCUGCAGAGCAGUCCAUAAAGUACAUACAGACAACGGGCACAUCUGAUGAAUCUGCUUUGGCUCUUCUGGCAGAUAUCACUAGCAAGUAUCGUCAGGGAGAGCGAAAAUGCCAGAUCCAAGAAAAAGUUGACAGUGCAGCUGAUCCUUCAUGCAAACAGGAACACAUGAAAACACACUCUACUGAGAGUUACAAGUGUGACAUAUGCAAUAAAAGGUACCUACGAGAGAAUGCUCUGAAACAGCACCUCACCUGUUACCACCUUGAUGAAGGUGGUGCCCCUAAGAAGCAAAGACCUGGCAAAAAAAUACAUAUAUGCCAGUACUGUGAUAAACAGUUUGACCACUUUGGGCAUUUUAAAGAGCACCUCCGGAAACAUACAGGUGAAAAACCAUUUGAAUGUCCAAACUGCCAUGAACGUUUCGCUAGGAAUAGCACGCUCAAAUGUCACUUGACGGCCUGUCAGUCUGGAGCUGGAGCUAAAAAGGGAAGGAAGAAACUGUAUGAAUGUCAGGUUUGUAACAGCGUGUUUAACAGCUGGGAUCAGUUUAAAGAUCACUUGGUAAUCCACACUGGCGACAAACCCAACCACUGUACUUUAUGUGAUUUGUGGUUUAUGCAAGGCAGUGAGUUGAGAAGGCAUCUAAAAGACACACAUAAUAUUUCAGAACGACUAGUGACAGAAGAGGUUCUUCCAGUGGAAGCUAUGGAAGGUGAACCAGUAACAUCAAUGACCAUAAUAGAACAAGUGGAGCAAGUUCAUGUCCUACCAGUAAUUCAGGUACAAGUGGAUCCUGCACAGGUAACUGUGGAACAGAUGCACCAGGAUCUCAUACAGGACAAUCAAGUGAAAGGCACACAGAUGGAUGAACUGCAAGAACAGGUGCAAAUUAGUUACCUGGAAGUGGAGCACAUUCAAACUGAACAAGGUGCUGAAGUUCACGUGGAGCAGUUGCAUGUUGAGCAUGUUAAUCAAAUACAGAUGGAAGAAGUACAGGCAGAACUUAUAGAUGGCACUGACCUUGAACAAGUACAAUAUGAGAGUGCUGACCAAGGAGAAAAGGAACCUAUUUGCAUAGAUGAUGCAGGACUGAAGCAUCUCCCCAGAGAGACUCUUAGGAAAACACAACAGGCAGUUGGACUUGGCACUGUUGUUUCUAAUUCCAGCGUAUGCUGCAAAUGCUUCUAAGGUGAAAGUAACCUGUUCCUGAAGUACCAGUAUUCUGUAGUUUUGGAACUACAGCUUUCUGUAGCAGUUAUUUUUGUCAGAUGGUCACCAGUUGCAGCAGGAGAUGGCACAGCCGCUCACACCGAGCGCGGCACGGCAGCCCCGGCCGGGACACGACAUGGAGACCGCCUGUGCCCAUAUCCUAAGGAGGACUUUGCCCGCACCGCGAGAUGCUUGCGCAAUCCCUGCUACCUACUGCCUGUCAGGUUUUGUAUUCUGUUCUGUUUCCCCAGCCGGAGCCUUGACAUCUAUAAAAUGUUUCUGCUUGAGCCUGUGUUUUCCUGUCCUUUCAAAGGCUCACAGCCGCCGCUGAGGAAGCGGUUUGUACCACUGAGGGCUGAAGCCGGAGGCUGCGCUACGGCUCUCCGGCGUCACGAGAGCGGGGCCCGAGGCGGGAGGCGUCCCCUCCCGCUCCGCGGCUGCCUCACGGCGAGGGGCGGGCGGGAGGCGGG